GUGGCUAAAGUCCUGGAAUCUGGACACCCAGAUUACAAGAAGGGUGAUUUGGUGUGGGGGUUUACUAAAUGGGAGGAGCACAGUUUGGUCCCAUCAUCUCAAAUUCUUUUCAAAAUCGAGCACACCGAUGUUCCACUUUCGUACUAUAUUGGAAUUCUUGGUAUUCCAGGAAUGACUGCCUAUGCUGGUUUCUUUGAAGUUGGACUUCCUAAGAAAGGAGACAGAGUGUUUGUUUCUGCAGCCUCUGGUGCAGUUGGUCAACUUGUUGGUCAAUUUGCUAAAUUCACCGGUUGUUAUGUCGUUGGAAGUGCUGGAAGUAAAGACAAGGUGGAUUUAUUGAAGAAUAAAUUAGGAUUUGACGAUGCUUUUAACUACAAAGAAGAGCCAGACCUCAAUGCUGCAUUGAAAAGGUACUUCCCCGAAGGCAUUGACAUUUACUUUGAGAAUGUUGGGGGGAAGACACUUGAUGCCGUGCUGCUAAAUAUGAGAGUCCAUGGCCGAAUAGUCGUAUGUGGAAUGGUCUCGCAGUACAAUCUUGCUCAACCUGAUGGUGUAACAAAUCUGGCGAAUCUUAUAUUCAAACGGAUUCGUAUCCAAGGCUUUGGUGUUGCCGAUUACUAUCAGUUGUAUCCCAAGUUCUUGGAGUACGUCGUGCCGAAAAUCAAAGAAGGGAAGAUUGUGUAUGUAGAAGACAUAGUCGAGGGCCUUGAAAAGGCUCCUCCGGCUUUGAUUGGCCUUUUUAGUGGUCGCAAUGUUGGAAAACAAGUGAUUGUUCUUGCUCGUGAAUGAAUGUGUAGUUUCAUUUUCUUCCAUUUGGUGUUUAGUAUAUAUGUGUGUGUGUUUUCGUUUGUUCUAUAGCAAAACUUUCCAGUUGCUUUUGCCCUUUGGUUCUGAUAUGACAGAAAACACACUGAUUUGCAAACAUAGUAGAUGCUUUAUGGAGUGUUGAGUAGGGCUAAAAUUGGUGAAAGGGAAAAAUGAUCCAUGUUUCAGUUACAAGUAAGGCAUCAACAUUGGUUAAUAUGUUGGCAUAUUGUUGUAAGUCUUUUGACUAAUCUAUUCUUAA